GCGCCGCUGCGGCGGAGGCUGGCGCUGGCGCUGGGGCCGACGGCGCUCGCGGGCGGCGCGACCGCGGCGGGCGCGGAGGUCCAGGAGUUGAUGAGACUUGACGAGUACGGCCGCAUCCUGCUGCCGAGUGGUGCCCUGGUCUCCUCGACCGGGAAGAGCUACGAGGGCGCGGUGCUCUUCCGCGGGAAGCCGAAGGUCUUCGUCGCGGGGUCCACAGGAGAGCUGGGCCGCCGGGUGGUGCUGGACUUGUUGCGGGCCGCACGUGGCGAAUUCCGUGUACAGCGCUUUCCGCGACAACAGCAGGGCCAGGGAGGUGCAGUACGAAACCCGCAGGAGCGAGUUCUACGAGCAGACC